AUGCAAGAAUCUUUUCAUCGUCUGCUAGAUGCUUUGAAGGAAGAGAUAGCAGUCGUCAGAGCACUCAAAAGUAAGAUUAUACCCGAGAUCGACUUCAAGGAUAUCAAGGAUGCUAGCGCCAGUUUCAGCACCGAGUAUAAAACAAGAGGUGCGGCCGUCAUAAGACAUGUAAUCCCACCGGUUGAAGCAAUGGAGAUGAAGGAAGAGCUCCAGAAGUAUAUUGCUGCAAACCCACAAACCGAAGCCUUUCCAAGCGAUAAUCCUCAACUAUACGAACUAUUUUGGUCAACAGCUCAAAUCCGAGCGCGGUCCCAUCCGUAUCUCUUAGCCGCCCAAAGAUUUCUUCUCUCUCACUGGCACUCGAAGGACCCUGCUUCGGUAUCUACGACACAUCCGACAAUCUAUGCGGAUAGGCUUCAUAUACGGACACCAGGAGACAAUGCUUUAGCACUCGGUCCGCGUGUUGAUGGAGGCGGUCCAGGAAGAUGGGAUCCCGCCGGAUAUGGCAAUCCUCAGGUCUAUGAGUCAGUCUGGCAGGGACGGUGGGAAGAGUAUGACCCUUGGGAGAUCAGUUCCCGAUUAUCUGUAAACUCGGGUCUAUACCAGGGUGUUGGAGCCUGCAGCAUGUUCCGUGCAGCACAGGGCUGGUUAUCACUAAGCACUAUGAAAGCAGGCGAAGGGACUCUGUUAGUGAACCCGAUGCUGAAGCAUGCGACAGCAUACUGCCUUCUGCGACCCUUCUUCUCUGCCAANAAAGGGCCAAUGGAUCCACGAACCAGAACAUUCGACGAAGCAUUUCUUGCUCCAGACAAUUGGAUCUUCGACUAUCCCCAAACAUCCUGGCUCCAAGGUGCGUCGCCAGGGAAGGCGCAGGAGCUGAGCAACGUACUGCAUCCUCAUCUGGAGCUUGACAGCACGAUGGUUCAUAUCCCCGAAGUAAGACCUGGUGAUUAUGUCGUCUGGCAUUGUGACCAGAUACAUGCAGUGGACAAGAAGCACGAAGGCACUGCCGACAGCUCAGUCUUAUACAUUCCUGCGUGUCCCCUCACGACUCGUAACGCAGAGUUCCUCGCCCAUCAACGUCAAGCGUUCCUUGAAGGACUUCCUGGUCCCGAUUUUGGUGGUGGCGUUGGAGAGACUAGUCACAUCGGUCGAUCAGGUCUCGAGGAAGUUGAAGAAGCGAGUCAAGGCAAAGACGCAGGUAUGGUCGCGUUUGGCCUUCAAGAAUGGGACAGUUCAGCCGCAGGGUUGAGUGAGACUCAGAGAGAGUUAUUUGACAGGGCGAACAAAGUCCUAGGCUUCUACGGCUAG